CUCUCUUUCUCUCUCUCUCAUUCAUGGGUGACAAAUCAGCAAAUGUAGUAAGCGAGUGUUGUGACACAACUGACUACAAUAAAUUCAGUGGAAAGCUAAUGCUGAUUUCACUGCUUUAUGUUGUGGCUGUUUGCAUCCUCAUCGCCUUCUUCCAUUUUUAUUGUCGAUGGCUCCAACAGCAACACCGCAACCGCGAUCUCCGCCUCAAUCACAACCUCACACGCCACCACCCCAACCCAAGGCCCAACUACCUCGUCUUCAACUUCCGACCCACCAUCGCCGCCUCCGCAGCCGGCACCACCGCUUCCAGUCCUCAUCGGAGAGGCCUUGAAAGGGUCGUCCUCAAGACCCUCCCUACCUUCUUCUACAACUCCGUAGUCCAUCCCUCUCCGCUAGAAUGCUCCGUGUGCUUAGCCGAAUUCGGAGACAACGAUCUCUGUCGUGUUCUACCCAAGUGCAACCACUGCUUUCACAUCGAUUGCGUUGACAUGUGGUUCUAUUCUCACACCAAUUGUCCGCUCUGUAGAACCCGGGUUAAACCCAUUGAAAAUCCGGUCGAAGCAAAGAAUUCGGCGGUUGAGCCGGCUGCUCGGGAGGCCGGUUCGAGUUCUGGGUCGGGUUCAGGGGAUGGUGGCGGCGCGCCGUAUUCUCUGCCGCCGGCCGAGAUGGUUGUGAUAACGGUGGAGGAGACUCUGGGAGAACCGAAAUAGGUGGGCAGUGGGUUUAAAUAUCCGGGUUGCCGGGUCAGGUGUAUCGAGAGAAUAAAAGCUGAUGAUAGGAUGGUAGUAAUGGCCUUGUUUAGUUGGUGUUUCUCAAAAAAUUUUAGAAAAAAUUCUCUAUAAAUAAAUUUUCAAAAGUAAUUAAAUCAAACAAAUUUUUUCAAUUUUUUUUUCCAAAAUGGAACUGGUUUUGGGACUCUGGGUAUGGGUCGGAUCGAUGAAUAGUUUCAUCGAAAAUUGAAUCGCCGAUACAAACUCUAGGUGAUAAAAGGGUUUGGGUCUUAAAUGUCGG